AUGAUGCCCAAGAACGUAGUUUUGGUUACUGGUGGAAGCCGCGGAAUUGGACUGGCUGUAGUCAAGAUCCUCCUACAGGGCACUGCGGACCUUCCCGCAAGCAAUGUCGUGUCGCUUUCGCGCUCGGCGCCGGCUGAGCUCGCGGAGCUCGCCGAGAAGCCCGAAUUCAAAGAGUCGCUCGCCGUCGUCAAGGGCGACGUGACGAAGCGCGAGGACAACGACCGCGCGGUCAAGACGGCGCUCGACCGCUGGAACCGCCUCGACGCGCUUGUGCUGAACGCGGGCAUCGCCGACUUUAACAAGAUUGCCGACCUCACCACCGAGCAAAUGAUGCACUCGCUCAACGUAAACACCGUCUCGCUCAUCGCGACGAUCGGCGCGGCGCUGCCGGCCCUCCGCAAGAACCACGGCCGCGUGGUGUUUGUGAGCAGCGGCGCUGCGCUCGGCAACUAUGCGUCGUGGGCGCCGUACAACGCCUCCAAGGCCGCGUUGAACUCGAUCGCGCGUACGCUCGCGAACGAAGAGCCCGACAUCGCCUCGUUCUCGGUGCGUCCGGGCGUCGUGGACACGGACAUGCAGGUGCAGGUCCGCGGCACGGACCGCAUGAAGUCGGACGAGCACAACAAGUUCCUUACGAUGCACAAGGAAGGCAAGCUCCUGCCGGUCGGAAAGCCCGCACACGUCCUCGCUGCGCUCGCCAUCAAGGGUACACGCACUGAGCCAAAGAACAAGGACGGCGAGCCGUACGGCACGGGCAUCUUUGUGUCCUGGGACGACCCGUCGCUUGAAAAGUUCCGCGACUAG